AUGUAUUUUUUGUUAGCUCGCUCCCUUAUAAGAAAAACAUUACCUGAACAACUGAAGCCCUCAGAAGCAACUAGAAGUGCAAGCUAUACCAGGAAACUCCCAGAAGGAAUUCGUGAGAAACUUGUUGCUAAACUUGCUGUACCUGGCAUUUUCCAUCCUCCUACCCUAUUUGGCCAACCACGUCAAAGAGCCAGAUUUGGUUUACCACUUCGAACAGCAGAUGUACGUAGCAAAAAUCCUAAUCAACAACACAAGGAGAGUUUUAUACCAAGUGAUGUCACAUGCAUUUGGGACUAUGCCGGUCAACUGACCUAUUAUAUAUCUCACAGGUUUUUCUUGACAGAUGGCUCAUCCUACUCUGUUGUGUUUAGUGUGUUAGAUGAUUUGGAUGCUCUAGCAAACCCAAGAGAUAUCUUACAAGGACAAUUUGAAAUGACAAAUCUUCAGAUGAAUGUAUUUUGGAUACGGUCAAUAUACGAACAUGCUGUACUACCCUAUCGUGGAAGGACUCGGAAGUUGAUCAGUGGCAUAUCAUCACCCACGAUUAGUUUAGUUGCCACACAUAAAGACAAACUAUUGGGGACUGAGUCAGAAAAGGACAAGUUGAUCACAACCAAGUUCAAAAGAAUAUUUGAUGAAGUCAAGGGAACACCAUAUGAAAGCCACGUAGAUCGCGAGAUGUAUGUUGUAGAUAACACUGUGGCUAAGGAUGAAGGGAUUGAGAAAUUGAAGAAGAAUAUCGGAGGAUAUAUGAAGGCAAUGGCUAAACCUAUUCCCACUACCUGGGUGGAUUUCCAGUCAAAAGUACAAGACGUUGGAAAAACAAGACUUCAUGUUUCCUUAGAUGAGGUCGCAGAAAUUGCAUCUGAAUGUGGAAUUUCUAAAACAACGCUCAAAACUGUCCUCGAUUAUCUAAACGACACGGGAAUAAUUCUGUACUCUAAGACUAAUGAGAAAUUAAAGUACACGGUUAUUACGAACUUACGCAUGAUGAUCGACCUCUUGACAAAAAUCAUCACAGUAGUGAAACCAGAUGAUAUUGACAAGUUGCCUACACUGAUGCAUUUAUGGAAUAGACUCGACAGUGAGGGAAUUCUACAAGAACAGUUGCUACGUCAUUUGUGGAGACGUGAGAUAGAAAAUGAUACCAGCAACUUUGAGGUAUUCCUUGAACUGCUUAAGAUGUUUGGGUUACUGUUUGAGAAGCAAAAGGGAUCUCAACCUGGUAACCGAAUGUUCAUGGUUCCCACUCGGAUGCAAAUCAGUAAAGAGGGCUUGGAAGUUAAGGAAGAUGAGCAGCAAACGGUGUCGAUUUAUGUGACUCCAAUAGACUUCCUACCGGAUGCUGUCUACAAUCUGCUGGUGGUUUCGUUUUUAGACUUGAUGAAUGACAAAGGUAGGAGUAGUGAUCAUGUGGAAUUGUUUCGGAAUCGUAGUGACUUUGACUUAGAUGAUGAGCAUGUGGUGAGUCUAGGAGCUGUCAAAAUCAAGAACAGGCAUGCACUGAAGAUUGAAAUAUCACAUAGGAUAAAAGUUGAUGAACAUGGCAAAGAAGAACCUCUCGAACCACAUCCUAGCAUCUGCAUGGAGGUAUUAAGUUACCUCCGUCAGCAAUUGAAAACUGUGUAUGUUACUACAGAAGGAGUUGGUUAUGAAUUACGCAUCCUUUGUCAUGCCUGUGAUGCUACGCUGCGACCGCUGCAUAAACUUGAGGAAUGUUUGAAAAAAGAUAGUGUGCCAUGUGGAAAAAGAAAGUCAGUUGCAACGACUCGUAUCAGACGACUUUUUUCAACAGGUUUUGAUGAUAACUCUACACAAGGAACCUUGAAUUUUCUGGCACUUCAGACAUUGAUUGUUGGGUGUGGAACCAAAGAACUACGGAGGUACUUUCUAGACAAAACUAACCUUACCAAACCGGAAGUUAUACCAUUUUUGACAAGGGAGAGGUGUGCAUUACUAAAGGAUGUUGAUUUUGGAGAUGAUUCAACAACAGUGUUUUCAUCAACCAGCAAUAUUGAUGCAUUUCACAUGGAAAUCAUGAUAAAGUUAAUUCGCUGCUGUUGUCACAACACUAAUACAGAAGACUUCUGGGAGAACCCUCUGGUUGAUGACAAUUCCGAGCUGGCAAAUCUUGUUCGCAUCUAUCAAUAUAAAAGAACUGUUCUAGACUGCAGUUAUAGCAACAGUGUCACAAAGGAGGUGUUUGAUAAGCAAUGGAAGGAACUCACAGCAAUUUUUACAGGUGUUGGAGUUCCUGUUGAAGACAUUGAGAAUUACCGCGACCCAUGGCAUUACAAGGAUGGAGCCUUGGAAGGUAAGUAACUAAUCUUAUUAAUAAUAGCUGCUGCUGCUGUUAAUGCUGAUUUUGCUGUUGAUGCUGAGUCUACUGCUACU